AAAUUCAAUUCUAGAAAAGAAUUAAAGAGAAAUUUAAAAUAAAUUUUAAAGUACCAAAAUAAAAAACAAAAAAAAGUACAAUUGCAAUUGAAUUAAAAAUGCACAAGUGAGAAAAAAGUGAAAAAUUGAAAAGCAAAAAUAACAAGUAAUAAGAAAAAAACACAAACAGCAAGAAUAAAAGAAGUAAGGAAUUGUGUCACCACACUGCACAUAGUGUACAAAAAUUCUGAAUCUGCAAAAAAUAAAAUUACAAGAAACGACAACGGCAGCAACCACCGUAUUUACUUUACAAUUGCGACAACACUAAUAAAAUUUAAUUAAAUAGCAAUGACAUGAAAAUUUUCUACUUAUUUAUUUUUUUGUAUGAAAAUCGAAAAUAAAUUUAAAAUAAUUAAAAAAUAAAUGAAAAGAAAGAAAUAAUAAAAAAAAAUAUUGGAAAAGCGAAAUUCACUUGAAUUCACAAAGCAAAAAACACACUUACACAAACCCACGUGUAAAUUUAAAAAUAAAUAUAGGUAUUUGUUGUGUCAGUGUGUUCGCUGUGACUAUUAUAAAAUUUAUUUCUUUCAAUUACUGCACUACAUAUACGUGUUAAGUACAUGUUUGAAUUUUAGUGUACGAUUAUAAAAAAAAACACACAAAUUUUAAAAUAAAAAAAAUUAAAAAUUUAAGUGAAUUAGAAAUUGAGUAUUGAAAAAUAAAAAAAAAGUGAUUUUUAUUUAAAGAAAAGCUUAUGAGUAGCAUUCAAACAAAAUUUCUGAUAUUCAACACAAGGUGAAUAAAAUCUGUCAAGUUGACAGUAGCAUACCUUGUCUUUAUAUUCUACUUUGAAUUAAGCCGCAAAAUAUCACAUAAAUUAUAUUGGUGCGUGCAUUUCAAACAAAAAUUAAAAGGGAUUUCAGAAUUGCAACCAAAAAAUAUUUCAUUGCAAAUACCUAACCUACACAUACAUAUAUAGUUCUUAGUAUAGAGCUGUAAAGGAUAACCAAAAAUAAAAUAUUUUCUAUUUAAAACCAAAAUAUAAAUCCUUUACGAUAGUAAUUUGUAUUUGCGGAAGAAACAAGUAACCACCCACCCAGAAGAAUAAAAAUUUUGUGUAAAUAAAGUUGGACAACAUUUUUCAUAAGUUUAUAUGAAAAUUUUUACAAAAUAAAAUCAAAAAAAGGAAAUUUAUUUAAUUUUCAAAUCAAAAUAGGAAAAGAAUUGGAAUCAUAAUAUUGGUUAAAGAAAAUCACAGAUUGUAUAGAUUUGUUGAAAGAAAAACUAUGAGAUUUAGAGCUGCUAAUGGUGUCUCACUUUAAAAACAACUUCUAAUAAUCCUCAAGUACUUGGAUGAAAUUUUUAUUAUAUAGAAAUUGAAAUUUUCAAAAAUAACUCAGCAGAACGAAUACAUUUAAUAUUUUUAACUGCAAUUUAACUAAUUCAUCUGAAUCAGAUUUUAUUGUUGAAAAAUAUUGGAUCGCUGCACAAAUUUUAUAAUUAUAUAUAAAGAGAAGAAGAAGUACAACUGAAGAAAAGAAAAUUCUAAUACCAGAUAUUAGAAGAACCGUGAGAGAAGGUAUUCUUGGUAAAAAAAAUUCAAGUCAUCAGCAAAAAGAGAGAGAAAUAUUUUAAUUUAAUUGAAUUGAAAAUUCAUAAUAUUUAUUUGGAGUUUUCAUUUAAAAAAAAAAGUAAAUACCCGACACCCAUUAAAAACUUUUUUUUGAAUCAAAACCGAUAACAAAAAAAUCAGUCAAAAUUGAUAAGAAACGUGAAAAAUCGCCUGUCAAAACGACAGCAUCAAGAACCUCAACAAUGUCUUCAACAUUGGAAUAUCUUGAAAGUAAAGAAAAAUCUGAUGAUGAUGGUUUAUCACGUGAAAAUCGAUUGGAAUUUUUGAUGAAAAAAUUAGUAUAUGAAAGUGAAUGUAAAACUAAUUUGAAAAUUAAUAGAAAACUUGAUUUACUUGAAAAAAAUAUAGGCGAUAGAUAUGAUAAACGUUUAAAAAGGAUUGAAAAAAAGAUAAUGGGAAAAUCUGGCUAUACAUGCAUACGACGGACAUUCUGUUGGCUUAACAUCAUUUUAUGGACAUGCGGUUGUGCAUUUCUUGGCGCUGGUGUUUGGUUACGAUUAGCAUAUCGUGGUUAUGCUACACUUUUACCAGAUCAUGAUGGUUUAAGUGCUGAUUCAUUAUUUAUUGGUAUUGGUGUAUUAAGUUUUGUAGUAUCAUUCUUUGGUUGUUGCGGAGCAUGGUUCCAAUCACGAUGCCUAUUAAUAACGUAUUUCAUCUUGAUCGUUUUAUUAUUCUUAAGUGAAUUUUUGAUUGGAUCAAUAGCCUUCUUAUUUAGAGGUGGACUUGGUCGAACAUUAGCAAAUGAAUUGAGAUUCGGUAUUGAAAAACAUUAUAAUGCAACAGAUCGUGGUGGAUUAGCAGCGCCAUCAGUGGCAGCAAUUUGGGAUAAUGUUCAACAAUCUAUGGAAUGUUGCGGUGUAACUUCAUAUGAAGAUUGGUAUGAUAUUGCUGCUUGGAGUGGUAAAAGAUGGGUACCAGAUUCAUGUUGUAAAAAAAUUUAUCAACAAAGAGCACUACUUGUUGAAGGUUCAGGUGAUGGAAAAGGAUCGGUAGAAUGUGGAAAAUCCGAAAAUCCAUCGCUAUGGUUCGAUAAAGGUUGUGCUCAUUCAUUACAAAUAUGGUUCGCUCAACGUUUACAUGUUAUCGGAAGUAUUGGUUUAGUGAUAGCAUUUUUACAAUUAUUUGGUUUAAUAACAUCAAUGCUAUUAUUUUGUACGGUGAAACAUAAAAGAGAAUCACAAACAUAUAAAUCAUAUUCACCAUCAAUUGAUCCGACAAGAACGAGCAGUUGGGAUGAUUAACAUACGAGUACACAUUUUUAAAUAUUUAAAUGUAUUUAAAAAAACAAAAAACAAAAAUAAUAUUUUAUUAUUUCAUAAAAACAAAAAAAUCUAUUUAGAAUCUCCUUUUUUUUUCUCAUUUU